AUGUCUCUCUCUGAUCGAGCUACAAAUUCUGAAAAGGCCGGCCAAGACUUGCUCAUAUGGAAGGUUUUACUUGAUCUAUGGGACCAAGAGACCAAUCCCUCUGGAAUUGUCAGUUUGGGCGUCGCCGAAAACAGGCUGAUGCAUGACACUCUCUCAAAACACAUCCACGACAAUCUGACGCUGUCCAACCAUGCAUUUACUUAUGGCGAUGGCGCGUCCGGGUCCAACCACAUAAAGAAGGCCAUGUCUCGUUUUCUCAACAAGCACCUCAAACCUGUAACGCCGAUUGUCCCCGCUCACAUCUCUGUCACGAAUGGAUGCAGCUCUGUGAUUGAGCAUCUUUCGUGGGCGUUUGCCAAUCCCGGUGAUGGAUUCCUCCUAGGACAGCCAUAUUACGGCACCUUUAUCGAGGACUUGACUGCACGAACAGGCGCAAAGGUUGUCCGAGUGCCUUUUCAUGAUGUCGAUCCUUUGAGUGAAAACGCAGUCGCCAAGUACGAAGAGGCGCUGAAGCAAGCAGAGACCAGCGGGACGAAAGUGGCUGGUUUAGUUCUUUGCAACCCUCAUAACCCUCUUGGGCGUUGCUAUAGCCGCGAUGCCAUCGUCGGGCUUUUAAAACUCUGCGAGAAAUACCAGAUUCACUUCAUCAGCGAUGAGAUUUAUGCCUUGUCCGUUUGGGACAAUACAGUCGAUACUGAUGUUCCGCUUCAGCCGUUUACAUCUUGCCUCAGCAUCGAUCCCGCUGGCAUCAUCGAUCCUUCUCGAGUCCAUGUCAUCUGGGGCAUGUCCAAGGAUUUCGGGGCCAACGGCAUUCGAGUGGGCGCCCUCAUCUCACAGGCCAACCCGUCAUUGCACGCUGCGCUGAUUCCCGUCAACCUCUAUAGCUCCGUAUCAUCCGUCUCGGAUCAUGUCACGGCUAACAUUCUUGAGGAUGAUGCUUGGGUUGAGGCUUACAUUGCUGAGAAUAGGAGAAGGCUUGCGGAGCAGUACAGGGCAGUCACCUCAUGGGCCAAGGAGAACAACAUCACAUAUCGACCCGGUGUUAACGCUGCUUUCUUCCUGUGGGUGGACUUGGGAAGUGCAUAUAAAUCACUACAUCCCAACGCUGAGACGGACGACUUGAACAAGACAAUAGCCACUGCGUUGCUCAAGCACAAGAUAUUUUUGGCGUCUGGGACAGCGUUUGGAUCAGAAGAACCCGGCUGGUUCCGAAUUGUGUUUUCGCACCCAGGAUACUAUCUGCAGGAAGGCCUGAAGAGAGUAAGCAAAGCGCUGGCUGAGCUAUGA